UUCAUCUUUCUCAACAAAGCCCUAAUUCCAAAUCAAACUCCAUGACUCUCCUACAGACCAUCACCUGCGCAAAGGAGGCGGCCGACGCCGGCGAUCUCUCAUCCUCUCCCACGAUCCCCAUUACUCUAAACGCUAACGACAUCCUCCCCACAUUAAAACCCGACGUCGAAUCCCUUACUUCCCUUCCGGUCGUCCGCCUAUCUGGCUGGUCCAUCUCCACUUCGGACUCCAAAAUCAUCGAAUCCACCACCAAAUUCUCCAAAUCCUUAAAUAAGAAGCUCAAAAAGCCCCAAUCCCUCGAUCGAGCUGAAUUCCUCAAGCUCCUGAACGGCUUUCUGCAAGCCAUUGGAGAGAAUCUGGGUCUCCGUUUGAAUCCUGAGGUAUCCAGUCUUCACAGCUUUGAUUUUGCGCGGACUGCGAUUGGGAAAGUCGGGGAUUUUAUCGGCCGGGAGGUCGCCGGUUUGAUCGUUGAUGUGUGCGUCGUUCUGGAGUUAUGGGAAUUGGUUGAAAGCCUAAUUGUGCGCGGACUUGUCGGGCAUUUAUAUACGACGAAUCUGGUGGAGAAGCUGGUGGAACAGAAUCAAGCUAGAUUGCUUUGCUUAUGUGCGAAGCACAUCACCGAUCUUCGUCCUUCCGAGCUUCUUCUUCUGCUGAGAUUCUGCUUGUCUCCUUCUGAUAAAGCUUAUCGAAGUUUUUUGGAAGUGAGAAAAGAAUGGGAAAGACAAGCUUUGUUAGCGAUUGAGAAGGCUACAAACAAGAGUAUGUCUAAGAAAGCUGUAAUCUUGGCCAGAGAAGCUUCUGUUUUGCUAAUGGUGGCGCAUGAUGGAUUCUCUGCUGCUGAAUUAUGCCUCCAUUAUGUGUUUGGGAGGUCUGAUAUAGAUAAUUUGGUUUUCUCUUCUGCGAUUUCGAUGCUCGGUGGAAGGGAGAUAUUGAGCUUGAUUAGAUAUUUGGGCAAGUGGUUGAAGAAGUAUGAGAGUUUCCCUGAAGCUGUUCCUUGUCCUCAGGCUAAGUCAAUGUUGAGCUUAAGUGCUUGUGAGGAUAUUCCUUCUUUCGAUUCAGUCUUGAGAGCAUUGGGUUUGAUUUUGGAUGGAAAUUUCUCUUAUUUGGUUCUGAAUUCAGAGUUUCAUGAUGAGAUGAGUGAUUUACAGAAAGUUGUGAGUGAUUUGGUGUCUGAAGCUGAUGCAAGCAGUCCUGUGAAUGUUAUUGUUAAGCAUUUGAAGUCUCAGUACAGGAAGAAUGGAAACCACCAGGCUGAAUUUGUCUGAAUGAUUGAUAUCAAGUUCAAAGAUCAAAAUCUUCUUCUGUAUCGGUAACCUUUACCUGUUACUUUUGAGCUAAAAUGCAAUUAUAAGCAUUUUUUGGAUGAAAGUUCAGUUUUUUAAGCCUUUCUGUUAGUCUUUUGUUAAAUUUUGUAUGCCUUUUGUUGUUUGA